AUGCCUGUUGCUGAUCAGUUCUACCAGGAUAUGCUGGAGAAUGCGAAGAAUUACAACAAGCGACUCUGCAUUGAGAGGAGACAGCGUCUGCCAUUUUUGGACUCACAAACUGGAGUCGCCCAGAACCACUGCAACCUUUGGAUCCCUUAUAAAUACAGGGCUCCAGGUCUUCGUCAUGGACAGCUGUAUUCCUAUCCAUGUCGUAGAUGGAAGAAAAAGUGUACCCUUCCCCUGCCCGAUUUCUCCCUGGGACCCACACCUAAGAUAAAAUUAGCAGAUGAGGCUGUUGAUAUUGAUGCUCACUGCUUGAACAAUGCUGACCAGUCACAAUCGAGCAUCAGCGCGUUGAACAGCAAUGCUAACAACAACAUUAACAACGGGGAGUCUGACUCGAUGAUGGCAGCAACGACGUCAAUGUCAUCAACAACGAACGAGGAUUCCACAUCAAACUCCCAACAACAACAGAUGGCCUGGGAUGAUCAGAUGGACGGAGGAGAGAUGAUGGAGACUGACCGACCUGACUCCGAUAGUAGCGAUUACGAAGAGACCUACAUCAAGAAAAGAGCCAAGAAGGGCGGUCGGGGUGGAGAUAGGACCAAAAGUGGGGUACUCAAAGAUCCCACUUUCAGAGGGCCCAAGUCCCAGCGGGGUGCCGGAGGAGGCAAAGGUCGAGCAAAGAAGGAAAAGGAACCAGCAGAUAACCUCACUGACAAAGACAAACCCUACGUCUGUGAAUUGUGCCCCAUGCGUUACAAGACAAGGCCUGGCCUAUCUUACCACAUGAAUCACACCCAUAAUAAGGCUGUACCAGCUGAUGACGACGACCUUCACAUUCAUCACAAGCCUGGUUGGUACUACUCUCAUAAAUAUUCGUCAAAUACACAACAGCAGCACCAUCAUCAUUACCACCAGCAGCAGCAACAACAACAGCAUCACCAACAUCACCACAUGAUGGGUCCGCCUAUGCUGGCGGUUUCGUCGUCUACGUCAUCGUCGUCGUCGUCGUCCACAAUGGUGGCUCCCCCUCCGAUGAUGGGGAAUAUCCCUCCCCAAAUGCUCCCGAAAGUUGGGAGUAAGUACUGCGACUUCUGCCUCGGGGACGAGAUGGAAAACCGGAAGACGGGACUAAAAGAGGAAAUGGUUUCCUGUGCCGAUUGCGGACGAUCCGGCCACCCAAGCUGCUUGCAAUUCUCCCCCAACAUGAUAAUCUCCGUGAAGCAAUACCCAUGGCAGUGUAUCGAAUGCAAAUCUUGUGGCAUCUGUGGUACUAGCGAUAAUGACGAUCAGUUGUUAUUUUGUGACGAUUGCGAUCGUGGCUACCACAUGUACUGCUUGAAGCCACCGUUGUCUGAGCCACCUGAGGGUAGCUGGAGCUGUCAUCUGUGCGUCGUUGAGUUCUACGGCAACAAUAACAACAACAACAAUAAUAAUAAUAAUAACAAUAAUAAUAAUAAUGCUUAA